AUGAAAAGAAAAGAUAACUUCCUAAACCAAAGAAAUGGUAAGACCUCUACCAAAACAGAAAAAUACUCAGAUUACCAAGGUGCUGAAGAAAACAGUGAUGGAAUGUCCCUUCAGUCAUUUGGUGCACACAAUGUUUUAGGGUCCUACUCUAUUUCUUUUGGCAUUUCUUCUGAUGAUCUUCUGAUGAUCAUUACACAUUUCCUGCAGGGAGUUGAUAGUAAAGAUAGCCUUUCUCCAACAAAGAACACAAUAAAUAGGCUUUCAUUAAGGUCAUUGUCAUCUUUAACUUCCUUUGGCAACAGCAAAGCCUUUGUGAACAAAGUUUACCUUGAUGGUUUAAAGCUGACAGUUGGUGCCACCUCGGACAUGUCCUUUCUCCCCGGCCAUCCUGAUUACCCCACACUGGAACAAUCCUCCAAAUUUGAACCAGGAAUUGUUUACGACUGUGUCUCCUGUUCUAGUAUGUUUCGCACGGAAAAGGAUUUCAGAGUUCAUGCAGAAAGAUGCCAGCAAGCUUCUAUAUCGUUCUGCUGCUCUGCUUGCUUCUUUAGGGCCACUGAACAAGAAAGCAUUGAGCUCCACCUUGAGCAGGUCCACCAAAGACCUGUCAAUCGGUACAAGUGUAAAAAAUGCCCCUCCAGUUUUCGAAAACCUAUAGGCCUUAAGAAGCACAUGGAAGUCAAGCAUUCUGAAACAGCACGUUUCCAGUGUUCUUUCUGUGGGAAGUUCAUGUACAAUAAAAAUGACUUGGAUGGUCAUAUCAAUCAACACAAGGGCAUCAAACCACACUGCUGCUCCUACUGCAAUAAGGCGUUCUGUUAUAAAUCUUCUAUGGGCUCUCAUGAAAAGCUUUGUUCUUUGCGCUGGCCCAAGCAAACUUAA